AUGGCUCUACAAAUGAGAGGACUGCUACUGUUAUUGUUUUACGCCCUUACGGGAACGAAAGGGGACGGGGAAUUAGAAAUUUACGAUGUACUCUCAGUAAUUGAAAACGACGCCCUAUCCGAUGGAAUAUCCAGGGUUCCUGGUCGAUGUCAGACAGGAACGACACCAGAUAUCGACCUAUCCGCGUUUUCGCUGAACGAAAAUGCUACACUUCAUCAGCUCGCGGCUGGCAUGUUCUACAAUACCUUCCCUGAAGACUUCUCUAUACUCGCUGUAAUACGACUUUCAGGAACUGAUCAGAACCCACUCUUUGUCUUGUAUUCGGACGCUGGAGAUGAACAAGUGCAACUGGUGGUGGGGGAGCUGAUUGAGCUGUAUUACGAAGACACAAGAGGAGAACCAGACGACCACGAGCUCCUUACCUAUCGUGUUAAUAUUGCUGAUGACAGAUGGCACCGUAUAGCUAUAAGCGUGAAGGGAGAUUCUGUGACACUGUUGGUAGACUGUGAAAUAAAGGGUACACUUCGUCUAUCAAGGAAGCCAGGUAGUACCUUCAACUUAGCAGGAGUAUUAGUUGUUGGUGCACAGGUCACGCCGGAUCAGUAUUUUGAGGGAGACAUUGAACUACUUCAAUUCGCUAACCAGCCCGACCUUGCGUAUGAUAUGUGCCUUACAAUAGCCCCAAAUUGCAUUGAAAUUGCUGCAUCAAUGAACCCAUCAGAAAUAUUAGCAAGCAAUAUUGAUCACAUAUCGUCGAACAACAUAGUGGCUCGCGACACGACGCCCCAUUCCUUAACAUUUUCUUCCGUCGAAAACCAGCACAAUCUGAAUAAUUCAAAUACAUUCUAUGACGGCCGAAUCUCCCCUGAUCGUUAUUUUGUAUCUAGUCAAGAUUUGUCAACAGAGCAACCGUAUUGGCAACAUCCCGAAAAUUAUGGUUUUAAUUUACCUUCGACGGAUUACGAUGAAAACAGUAUAUUUGGCAGAUUUACAGACAUCGAGGAUUACAUUACAACACAAUCGAGUAAUAUCGAAAUAUCACCUCCCAACGCCCUUGAAGUAAACUCAGAAAAGCCUACACAAAAUGAAGGUGAAGCAAGAAUAUCAACAGUUCUAACUACCGAGGCACCUUUCAUCCCUAUAACUACGACUGAAGAUUCAGAUUGGCUUACGCAUCCUCCAGAUUUCGGAGUAGGAGGCAAUACUUCCACCGACGAUUCUUCCGAUAGCUACUACGACUAUGGUAACUCAGGCUCGUAUUUGGGCCCUCGGGGUUAUCCAGGCCCCCCUGGGCCCCAAGGUCCCCGGGGCCCUAAAGGGGAACCGGGUAAACAUGGCUUAGAAGGGCAACAAGGUUUUCCCGGAUCACCGGGACAUGUAUUUGUAGUGCCUUUGCAACAGGCCGAAAAUGAAAAAGGACCUAGUGCACAAUCCGAAGCACUACGGCAAAUUCUUACUCAGCACAUGGCAGCGAUGCGUGGCGCAGAAGGACCGAUGGGACUUACAGGCCCGACGGGACCUGAGGGUGAAAUUGGCCCCGAAGGACCAAAAGGAGAACAAGGGGAGCAAGGAGAGCCUGGUCAGCAAGGUCCACGAGGCCCACAAGGGUCUCCAGGGCGACUGGGUAGACGCGGGCAUACCGGGCGAGAUGGUGAAAGGGGCUUGCCAGGGCCUGCUGGGGUGAAGGGAGAUCAGGGUUACCCAGGUCCUAUGGGUGUACCUGGUGACAAAGGCGAAAGCGGUGCAGCAGGAUUGCAGGGAGAAACAGGUUCACCAGGCUUGGAUGGACCCCAGGGAGAUGAUGGUCCGCCUGGAUUACCGGGGCUAGUAGGAGAGAUGGGCCCUAGAGGGUUUAUGGGACCGCGGGGCUAUCCUGGGCUUAUUGGUUACCCAGGCGUACCAGGCAUUGAAGGUCCUCAGGGAACCAAAGGAGCAGCGGGUCAACCAGGCCCCCCUGGCUCGCAAGGACAGCCUGGUUUAAUGGGCCCAGCUGGUGCCCCAGGACCGCAGGGUCCGAUGGGUUCUCCGGGCAUUCAAGGCCCCCAGGGAAAACCGGGCAUAUCAGGUCUCCCCGGACCAGAAGGUUCUCCAGGUACACCAGGCAAUCCUGGCCAACAGGGUACUUCAGGCGAAGCGGGGCCAGCAGGACCACAGGGUAUGCUAGGAUUUCCUGGUCCACGUGGCCUGAAAGGUGACGAUGGUCCUCGCGGCCUUCCCGGAGAUAAGGGUGAUAAAGGGAUGAGAGGCAUCGAUGGAGAAAAAGGUGAAAUGGGACCAAAAGGAGAAAGAGGUAUUGCGGGUGAACCUGGAUCCCCCGGCAUUGAGGGUCCUGAAGGGCAAAAAGGAAUUGAAGGACCUAGAGGAGAAACUGGAACUAUGGGCCCUUUUGGUGAAAAGGGGGCUACGGGACCACAAGGCCCGCUGGGUUAUCCGGGUACCCCAGGUGAAAAAGGAGACAAAGGCGCCUCUGGCAGGCGAGGUAGAAGAGGCACAAAAGGAGUGGCUGGCCCGGUAGGACAUCCCGGAGACCGCGGAGAAGGUGGACCAAGGGGCUACAGAGGAUCACGAGGUAGAAGAGGUUCAGAUGGACCACCCGGUCCCAAAGGCGAUACCGGCCAGCCAGGUCCACCCGGUUCAACUGGUGAAACGGGACCGCAAGGAAUUGAAGGUCCAAGAGGAUUUCCGGGGGCGAUUGGCCCUCCAGGUUUUGAUGGAAAAACUGGCUUACCUGGGUUACCGGGCGAACGAGGACCAUCUGGCGAUACAGGUGCCCCGGGUCUUCCGGGGCCACCAGGUAUAAUGGGACCCCAAGGUCAAAAUGGUGAUCUCGGUCCACCGGGACCUCAAGGUCCUUCAGGCAUUGCUGGGACACCUGGAGAAAUGGGUGCAGCUGGUGAAAUGGGUAAGGAAGGGCCACCUGGACCUGUUGGUCCAGAAGGAAAAAUCGGCCCUGUAGGACCACUAGGGCUUCCAGGCCAAAACGGAGAGCCUGGUUUACCUGGUAAUCCUGGAGACCUCGGUCCAAUUGGGCUGCCAGGAGUACGAGGAGAUAAAGGUGAACAGGGAGAAACCGGUCUUGAAGGUCCACAGGGACCAAUAGGCCGUGAAGGACCGCGAGGUUCACCAGGACCUGGUGGUCAAAAAGGAGAAAUUGGUGAACCAGGCCUCAUAGGUCCAGUAGGAAGAGAUGGCUUAAUAGGUCCGAGAGGACUUGCAGGGGCUCCUGGACCUGUCGGACCUCCUGGGGAAGAUGGGGAUAAGGGUGAAGCUGGGCCACCGGGAGAAAAGGGGUUCAAGGGUGCUAUGGGCGAGACAGGCCCACCGGGAUCACCAGGUAGUCAAGGAGUACGUGGUGAGAUGGGUUCUGUAGGUUUACCAGGAGAAAAGGGGCCACCCGGAGAACCAGGCCCGCCUGGUAUACCUGGAACUGAUGGAGUACGUGGAUUGCCAGGUUCCAUCGGAAAAACAGGACCAGAAGGGAUAAAGGGUGAUCAAGGUGUAAAAGGAGAUAUAGGAGAUGUUGGAUCAACUGGGCCUCCGGGUGCCAUAGGCAUUACUGGACCUCCUGGAAGGCGUGGACAGAAAGGAAUUCAAGGAGAAAUGGGCCCUCGGGGUGCUGAAGGACAAGCUGGUGAAACAGGAAGUCCAGGUAUCCCGGGCCCUCCCGGCCUUCAAGGACCAGAAGGAAAAGUUGGUAAACAAGGACCUGUAGGUCUAAAAGGAGAUGAAGGGCCUACCGGUUUACGAGGUGAAACAGGCCCUAAAGGCCCCAUAGGCCCAGAAGGAUUCAAGGGCGAUAUUGGUCCAUCAGGUUAUCCUGGAGAAAGAGGUGAGCCUGGGCCGCAAGGUAUUAAAGGAGAACCUGGUACAGAUGGCCCAGAAGGUAGUUCUGGUUCACAAGGCCCUAUUGGACCGCCGGGACCAAUUGGAAAACCAGGUGAAAAUGGCAUUCCGGGUAAUCCUGGUACCGAAGGAGCAGCAGGUGCCCAGGGGAAUCCUGGAAUAGCGGGAGAAAAGGGAGACUCAGGACCAAAAGGUGCUCCCGGCGAAGCAGGGCCUAUUGGACCACCUGGACCUAUUGGAAUAGAAGGCCAACGAGGAGUAAGAGGAUUGCCUGGUCCUCCGGGAGAUGUAGGAGCUCCAGGAAUGCCUGGUGCAAUCGGUCCCCCUGGACAAAAUGGUGCUAUCGGUUCUCAAGGAAUCAAAGGAGAUAAAGGCGACAGAGGACCUAAAGGCCAUAUUGGUGAUACAGGACCAAUCGGAAUAAAGGGUGAUCAGGGUGAGGCUGGAAAACAGGGUCCGCCAGGAUUACCAGGUGUAGCAGGGCCAAAAGGAGACAUGGGUCAAAUUGGGCCUCCUGGAGUCAAAGGUGACAUGGGUCCAGGGGGUGAACCUGGUUUGGAGGGCCCCUUAGGUUUGAAAGGUUCCCCAGGACCAGAAGGAAGGAUUGGGCUCCCGGGACCUCCAGGUCCUCCGGGCCCACCCGGACCACCUGCGCCCAUGCCGACAUUACCAGCUGAACUAUUCAUGCCUAAGAGACGCCGUAGAAGUAUCGACUUUGACACAUUUGAAGCUACAACUGACGAAACUAAUGAAGAAGAUUAUGAAGAAAUAGAUUGGGUUCGUCACGUAAUGACAGGUUUGCUGACGGCAACAUCCACGUUGGAGACUUCAAAGCGACCUUCGGGAUCCAGGGCGAAUCCAGCUCUUUCAUUCGAUUUUUACCGUGGAUACUACUGGAUAGAUGCACGAGGUGGAAACGCGAGUCCAAUACGUGUUUACUGUAAGGGCCACAGCACUUGCAUUUAUCCAGACAACGUAGACCCAUCAACCAUUUACAAAGAAAACGGGCAACGCUUUUCAAGUAUUACCGACGGGUUCAAGAUAACAUACGAAGCGGAAAAAUCAGGGAUGAUACAAUUGAGAUUCCUUCGGUUGCUGUCCCGUGGGGCGCGACAGAGUUUUACCUAUCAGUGUGUUAAUACUAAGAUCCCUCAAAGAUCUGAUAUACCCGCCGAUUUAAUACGAUCAAAUAUUAAAUUGUUCGGUCAAAGCUCCUUUGAAUUUCGGCCACAAGUUGUGAAGGACAGUUGUCUGGAAGGUACAGGGGAAAUUGUGUUGGAGAUUAAAACGUCGCGCACUGACCGGUUGCCCAUAACCGAUUUUCAGCCAAUUUCGUUUCUAGAUGCUCAACAUGACUUCUCUUUUAUCCCCGGACCGAUAUGUUUUACGUAG